UAUUGACUCAUUUUUCUCCUUUAUUUUGAUGCAUCUGACUCUCGCCGCCUUUCACUUUUCUCUCUCUCUCUCUAGGCGGAGCAAUCGAGGUACCCUGAAAAAACCAUCGGAAAAAUGGCUCUGAAACUCAAUCCUCCGACGUUUCAAUCCAUUAAAACGACUACGUUUCCGUGUUCCCCACUCAGAUCUCAUAGAGUUUUCAUGGCUUCAACACUUCGUCCCCUUUCUGUGGAAGGUGGAAAUGUGAAGAAGCCAUUCGGUCCUCCACGAGAGGUGCAUGUUCAAGUUACACAUUCCAUGCCGCCAGAGAAGCGUGAAAUUUUUGAUUCCCUGCAUGAUUGGGCUGAGAAUAAUAUCUUGGUUCACUUAAAGCCUGUCGAGAAGUGUUGGCAGGCCAGUGAUUUUCUUCCUGAUCCUGCCUCGGAAGGAUUUGAAGAGCAAGUCAAGGAGCUGAGGCAGAGGUGCAAGGAAAUUCCUGAUGACUACUUUGUUGUAUUAGUUGGAGAUAUGAUCACAGAGGAGGCUCUUCCUACUUAUCAAACAAUGCUUAACACCCUAGAUGGCGUUCGUGAUGAAACUGGCGCCAGCCUAACUCCUUGGGCUAUUUGGACGAGGGCAUGGACUGCUGAGGAAAAUAGGCAUGGUGACCUUCUCAACAAAUAUUUAUAUCUUUCUGGAAGAGUUGAUAUGAGGCAAAUUGAGAAGACAAUUCAGUACCUCAUUGGUUCAGGGAUGGAUCCUCGCACGGAGAACAACCCGUAUCUGGGUUUUAUCUACACUUCCUUCCAAGAGAGGGCUACCUUCAUUUCUCAUGGAAAUACAGCUCGGCAUGCUAAGGAGCAUGGGGACAUGAAGCUAGCACAGGUAUGUGGUAUAAUUGCUGCAGAUGAGAAGCGCCACGAGACUGCAUAUACCAAGAUUGUGGAGAAGCUAUUUGAAGUUGACCCAGAUGGCACUGUAUUGGCUGUCGCGGACAUGAUGAGGAAAAAAAUAUCGAUGCCAGCUCAUCUUAUGUAUGAUGGCCGGGAUGAUAACCUCUUCGAACACUUCUCUGCUGUAGCUCAACGCCUUGGUGUAUACACUGCGAAGGAUUAUGCAGAUAUUCUUGAAUUUCUGGUGGGAAGAUGGGAAAUAGAGAAUUUGACUGGUCUUUCUGGUGAAGGAAACAAAGCGCAAGAUUAUGUAUGUGGUCUGGCUCCGCGAAUUAGAAAAUUGGAGGAAAGGGCACAAGCCCGGGCCAAGCAGAAGGCUCCUGUUCCUUUCAGCUGGGUAUUUGGUAGAGAUAUUAAGCUUUGAAUGUUAUAUGUUGUAGGGUUAUGUUUACUUUCUGAGCACCAAUCGCCAUAAGAAUGUUAGUAAGUUCAGGUUAUGGUACCUAUCAAGUCAGUAUUUUCAAGGAAAGAUGCUAUGGAGUAAUAACUACUCCAAUAGAAUCCUGUAGAUACCUUAAAUUUUGUUUUUGUUUUGCAAUUGUUUUUGGGUCAUAUCAAGAAAGACAGCCGUUAGUUUUUUACCGUCCCCCUCUAGCACAUGUAGGUUCUUUAUGUUCGUUACAAGUUUGAUAUAUGAAAUAUUGAGUGGUGUUUAGUGCUA